AUGUCGAGAGAAAAUAAUGUAACAGAUUUUGAGGUUGGCAAGGAAGUUGAGAUCGACAAAAAUCAACUCGUACCGGGUCAGCAUAUCUAUGUUUACAGGUCUAUACCCUUAACCUACACUCAUCAUGGAAUAUACGUGGGCAAAGAUUCAAAGAAGAGUCACGUUCAAUUCGUGAUCCACUUCGUCGGCGAUCUACAAAAUGGCUCAUUUAGUAUCUCUGUCUCAUCAAUUAACUAUGGCUCAUCAAGUAGCUCGCAGGCGUGCGAAGACUGCAACUACCGGAGGAAUAUCGAUAGUGGAGUUUUGAGGACCUGCCUGAAGUGCUUCAUUGACGGUUCAUUGGGAGAAACAAAGUUGUAUCUGUACCAAUAUGGUGUUUCUACUACAGACAAGCGCGCUUGUUUUGCAGGGACUUGCAGCUGUAAAGAAGCGAAGUCACCCAAGGAAAUUGUGAAGAAUGCCUAUAAAAAGCUACAGGACCCAAAACCUAGGAAAUACAACCUUCUUACAAAUAAUUGUGAAACGUUCGCGACAGAAUGCUCCACUGAAAAUGGAGAGAGUGGACAGGCGGAUAAAGUGAUAAGAACUGCUGUUGUUACUACUGGUAUUGCAGGAGUACUAGCCGCUGCAGGUUACGCUCUCUAUAGUAACUACUCGAAGAAGAAGGAAGAAGAAGAAGAAGAGAGGAAAAAAUAA